CCCGGGGGCGGGGCGAGGGCGGAGCGGGCAAAAGGGAGCGGACGGGCGGCGGGCCGGCUGCGGUGCGUGCGGAGGCUGAGCCGGCCGCGGGCGCGACCCGAGGCAGUCAUCGCUGUUUUGCUUUUAUGACUCGGCGAUUUCGGCUGCGGUUCUCUAGAUCCUUCAGCAAUCCUGGAGACACAGAAAAUACAGGCCUUGGACAACUAUACUUGGGUCUUGACCUUUUCUCCUCCUGGGCAUGGGCAGACCAAUUUGAAAUUCUCUCUCAGCUGCAGAUCUUCUGGACAAAUCACGAAGCACUCUAAAAUCUAUUCUAAGCUUCUGUUACUAUGGCAAUGACGGCAGGGACUGCAGCCACCUUUCCUAUGAGCAACCAUACCCGGGAAAGAGUCACUGUGGCCAAGCUCACGUUGGAGAAUUUUUACAGCAACCUAAUUUUACAGCAUGAAGAGAGAGAAACCAGGCAGAAGAAAUUAGAAGUGGCCAUGGAAGAAGAAGGAUUAGCGGAUGAAGAGAAAAAAUUACGCCGAUCUCAGCAUGCUCGCAAGGAAACAGAGUUCUUACGUCUCAAGAGGACCAGACUUGGCCUGGAUGACUUUGAGUCUCUGAAAGUUAUAGGAAGAGGAGCAUUUGGAGAGGUGCGGCUGGUCCAGAAGAAAGAUACAGGCCAUAUCUAUGCAAUGAAGAUACUGAGAAAAGCUGAUAUGCUUGAAAAAGAGCAGGUGGCCCAUAUCCGAGCAGAAAGAGAUAUUUUGGUAGAAGCAGAUGGUGCCUGGGUGGUGAAGAUGUUUUACAGUUUUCAAGAUAAGAGGAACCUUUAUCUAAUCAUGGAAUUUCUCCCUGGAGGUGAUAUGAUGACUUUGCUAAUGAAGAAAGAUACCUUAACAGAAGAGGAAACGCAGUUUUACAUUUCAGAGACUGUUCUGGCAAUAGAUGCCAUCCACCAGUUGGGUUUCAUCCAUCGGGAUAUUAAACCAGACAACCUUUUAUUGGAUGCCAAGGGUCAUGUAAAGUUAUCUGAUUUUGGUUUAUGUACGGGAUUAAAGAAAGCUCACAGGACUGAAUUCUACAGAAACCUUACCCACAACCCACCCAGUGACUUCUCAUUUCAGAACAUGAACUCCAAGAGGAAAGCAGAAACGUGGAAGAAGAACAGGAGGCAACUGGCAUAUUCCACAGUCGGGACACCGGAUUACAUCGCUCCUGAAGUAUUCAUGCAGACCGGCUACAACAAAUUGUGUGACUGGUGGUCUUUGGGUGUGAUUAUGUAUGAGAUGCUAAUAGGAUAUCCACCCUUCUGCUCGGAAACACCUCAAGAAACAUACAGAAAAGUGAUGAACUGGAAAGAAACUCUGGUGUUUCCUCCAGAGGUGCCUAUAUCUGAGAAAGCCAAGGACUUAAUUCUUAGAUUUUGUAUUGAUUCUGAAAACAGAAUUGGAAAUAGUGGAGUAGAAGAAAUAAAAGGUCAUCCUUUCUUUGAAGGUGUAGACUGGGGGCACAUCAGGGAAAGGCCAGCAGCAAUCCCUAUAGAAAUCAAAAGCAUUGAUGAUACUUCAAAUUUUGAUGACUUUCCUGAAUCUGAUAUUUUACAACCAGUGCCAAACACCACCGAACCGGACUACAAAUCCAAAGACUGGGUUUUUCUCAAUUACACUUAUAAGAGGUUUGAAGGAUUGACUCAGCGUGGCUCGAUCCCCACCUACAUGAAAGCUGGAAAGCUGUGAAGGAAGAUCACACUCGCCCAGAAGCAGGAGAACUCAGGUAGCUGCAUCACCAGCUUGCUUGGCCGUAGGUGACGACACGCGGAAUACUUCCGAGGAUGGGGGUGCUUAUGACCACCAGAGGGAAUUCUCGGAAGGGUUUCUCAGACUACAACAUGAAUUGGUUGGCAGUGCCAGCUGGCCUUUUUUUUUGAUAUUGUAUUAUUUUUGUUAACUUUAUUAUACGAAGGUACUGGAAUUAAAGGAACACAUAUCCCUUUCUAAGUGCACUGCCUACAUGCGUAUCAAGGUCCAUUCUGCCUGUGUGUGCUGUGGCUUUGUGCUGGAACACCUCUAACCAUUUCAGGAGAAACACAUAUCAUACAAUGCAACAUAGGCUCACCUGUAGGUACCGCUGCAUAUCGCUGUUCCACCGCAAACCUUAUGGGUCUAGAUCAUCAAUAAAAGCCAUCUUCCAUAGUUGGCGUUAGAAUCCUUGCCCUAUUGGUUUGGACAUCUGUAGAAUAUAUGUGAAGACAAUUUCUGUAAUGGUUUGAAGAAAUUUAAAAAAGGAAAUACACUGGUUAUUUAAAAAAAAAAAUAGAAUUUAUCAUGAUGUUAUUACACAAACUUCACACUAGGAGUGACAGGUUUAUAAUAAGGAAGAGCUUAGCACCUUCCCUCAAGCACUCCACUGAUAUAUUUACUUUGCAUUCAGAAGUACUGAUGCCCUUUAUGUAUGUAGUCUGUAUACUCCUAGGGAAAUGUACUGUAUUAUAUAAAAUGUAAGGUUUCUUUUCUUGUGACAAGAGGACUUCUUUUUUAACAAAAGGACAUGGCAUUAUUUUAAUUUGAUUUCGCUGAGUUGAAUUGAAGAAAUGACCAUGAAGGCUGCUUGUAGAAUUAGUGUAUUUUUAUUAAACUAUUUUUUUAAAUGUCAAAUUUCUGAUCAUGUAAAUGGACUUACAGAGAACAAAGCUAUUUACUUUGGUUUCCUAGGAAGUUGUUACAUAUCGUGACAGGUUAACAUUUAUUUCUUUUGGUGAAAAUUUUUUCUUUGAUAAUACUUGUAUCAUUGUGCCAUUAUUUUCUUAUACUCCAAAUGUACCAAAGAACCUGAACAGAGUGGAUGUUCACAACCGUGUAGAAUUUUCCUUUCCUGCAGGAAUGCUGUAUUCAGAGAUGGCAGAUCUGACAUGAUAGAGGUCAUCUUAUUCAAGGGCAAUAUUGUUCAUGUUGCGCUACAUCACUGUGGUUAAUGUAAGUGGAAUUAAGGAAGUAAAUGCAGGCCAGGAUGUUUGUAAUUAAGAGGAUAGAGGAGAUGAUGUCAGCAUCAAAUUCAUUGGGUAUUUCCCUAAGAAUUAAAUAAUCUUUUCUAGCUGAACAUUUUAAUUCUAAAACAACUCUGAGGUUUUGGUUUCCUAAGACUGGCUGAGGAAUAAUACUUUAUCAAAGAAUGGCCUACUGUGUGUCUUAACUGUUGACUGAACUUUUUAAAGAUAGAAUUAUAACCAUUACAAAUGAUCGGUGAUGAAAAUCUAAUGUGAUGAUUUAUUUGUAAGGAUUUUCUUCUUAAUGGGGAAGAAUUGCAUAGGAUCAUUAUGCAAAUCUACAAAAGCUUUUUUAUAAAUGCUGCUAGGUAGCUCCACAAUGUUUCAGUAAGACCAUCCUGGGUCCCCUUCCCCACCUUUCUUUCCUUCCUUCCUUCCUCUCUCUCAUUCAUUCAUUGCUUCUUUCUUUCUUGUAUUUAUUUGAUACUUAAUUAUGUGGUCACCCAGUAGCGCAUCUCCACUUUUCUUAAUUGGCCCAUGUGGCUUAGUACCUAGGAGAGAGAAUUAUUAAAAUUCUGGGGUUAUUUCAAUUCUAGUAGUUCUGGCUUUUCUAAUUAUAACUGCCUCUAAUUUUUAAAAAAUCUGUGACUUCUCAGUUUUAUGAGGUUUUCUCAUCCCACCUCACCUCCCUACUCCUUUUUAUUUUUUUAAAAAAGGACUGUUUUGCUAGUGUGAUAGUGAAUGGGUAAGACAUGAGGAAACUCCAACAUUCUUUAAUUCUAAUAUUGUAACCAUUCUUGUGCAGUAAAAUAUUAAUUCAGUUUGACAGAGACAGAGAGAUUGACAUAAAGGAGCUGAAUUACCUAAGUUGACUUUUUAACUGAGUAAGAAUAGAGCAUUUUAGUUUCUGCUCACUCAUUCUCAUUAACAGGAAGAAUAGUUAUGACUUCUUGGCAGUGGACUGGCAGGCAGUUCUGGAAAGUUUACUUUGUUUAGAGUCUCAUUUUUCCCUGAAGUUGAUAGAGUGAAUCACAACCUUUGGGGUUUCCUCCUCAUCAAAAGCAUUUCUUAAGUGCCUAUCUAAAAGCAAUUAAAGACUGUGUCUGCCCUUUGAAGCUAAGAAUUUGAUUCAUGAUGCACAUUAGCUAGAUAAAUUGUGAAGUACCCUUGAGAUUGAAUUUUCUCUAUUAUACACUGCCUGUAUUUCAGGUGAACCACUUAAUUUAAAUGACAAAACCGUAUCUGAUCAACUGGGCAUAAUGACAUUUUCUUUAAAUUAGACUCUAUUUUGAAUUAAAAGUUUUAUUAUAAACUGCGUGUUUUUGGUUUUUCUAAGCACAUAAAAAGCUUGUAUAAUUCAAAUUUAUUGAUUUCCUGAUUUAAUGUAGACCUUGACUUUUUAUUAAAAAACCUUUGUAUUAAA